GGACUGCGAAGAGAGACACCUCCCUGGAGCCCCAUGGCUCAUAAGAGGGCCGCGGCGGGAGGGGGCGCAGACGGCGUUGCUCGCUGAGAAGGAAGGCGAAGGUAGAGGGAUGGCGGUGGUGUGCGCGCGCGAUUUCGCAGCGGUUUUUUUCCGAUCUCUGGUGUCAGUGGGAGCAUCUCUAGGGUCAGUAACAAGACAGACCCUGUUUCCGCCUCUUCCAGCUGUAGCUCGGCCCUUCCGUGUUUGUAACCAUGACAGAAGCAGUCGGAGAGGAGUUAUUGCAAGCACCCUAGAGGAGCUUAUUAGCAAGACCUUAGAUACCUUAAUGAUUACUGCUGGGCUGAUAACACUAGUUCUGGAGGAAGAUGGCACAGUGGUGGAUACAGAAGACUUCUUCCAAUCCCUGGGAGACAACACACAUUUCAUGGUUCUAGAGAGAGGACAGAAAUGGAAGCCAGGGCCAAGACCCUGCUUUGCAUCAGUACAGCAGCCAAAGAAAAUGGGGGUGGCAAAUAUCACCUUGGAUUUGUACAAAGUGAACCCUAAGGACUUCAUUGGCUGCCUAAAUAUCAAAGCUACCUUUUAUGAAAUCUAUUCUGUGUCAUAUGAUAUCCAAUGCAUGGGAGCAAAGGCUGUACUGAGGAUGAUGCUUCGAUAUCUGUCACAUAUUGCACAAGUUACAGGACAUGUCCUUCUUUACACUGGAACAUAUGUGCUACAGUUAAUGGGUGACUAUGAAGAAGAUCGGCUUACAAAUGGAAAGCGCUAACUAACACCAGCAUAAGAGCAUUUUAUUGCUGGUUCUGCAGCUGAUACUUAAGCAUUUUUAACUUAAAUAUAUUUAUAACUUAACACAUUAAAUGGUCAAACUGCACUCUAAUGACCAAAAGUUUAACUAAACUAGCUUUUUUCAUGUACAGGUUUUUCAUUAAGAUAAUGAUGUCAUAAGUGUAAAUAUGAUUGGAAUCUUUUUAAUGCAGUGGAAGAAGUGUUUCAUAGAAAUUACUGUGCCAUAAGCUUCAAAAAUGAAGAGUUGUGUGAAUGGGAAGCAGGCAUUUGGUGACUUAUCAACUGAGAUGUGUCUGUUAAUUAGCAUAUAAACAGCCAUGUAGCAAAUUCUGAUUGGAGGUGGUGACUGUUUGCAGAAGUUUAAUAUUAAUCUCGCCUACCACUUAAAACUGUUUUUCUUAUAAAUAAAUUUCCAAGCUUCAGUAUUUCAAAA